AUGGCCACGCCAACGCCUACACCCUCCAUCCCAAGCACAGCAGCAGCAGGAGGUAUCUCGUUUACAAUGCCGCCGCAGACAGCCGCGGCGUCGUAUUACAAGAUUGCACCGUCGAGUCCAAUUACAUUUGGCUGGAAUAUGACAAGCGUGAUCGCCACGCCGACGCAUCUGACCAUCAUGGCCAUUUGCACGUCCAAUGGGAAUACGUAUCCCAUCGGUCCAGCAUCGCUCAGUGGGACGAUUGAUGGACAAGCUACACAGGUCGUCUGGGACCCGUGGGCAUACGAGCAGCAACAAGGUGCAGUCCCGCUUGCUGCAGCAGAGUACACGAUUAGAAUCACCGACGAACGAGGACCGGGCGCGGGCAUCUUGGGCGGCUACCUCACGCCCUACACGGGCACAAAGUUUAGUCUCUACAGACCGCAACAGUACACUCCAUUGGAGAGCUGGACCUGUCCAGGCUGCUCGUCUGCGACCCUCAGUAUGGCAGCUAUGCGUCCGGCGUCCAUCGCCCUCUUUGCAACUUGCCUGAUUGUCGUCCUCAGUGGCUUCAAUCUCCUCAGACGAGCCAUCUGA